CCAUUUCCGUGCACUUCCCUUGCCCUUUAAAUUUUCUCCUCAUCCCUCUUUGUGUUUCGUCUUCCCAUCUCUCCUGGAGGAACUGCCGAUGAUCAGAAGCCUAGUCUAAUUCCUUCUUUCUUCCCCGUCCUACCCUUGAAAGAGGAGAAGAAAAAGAACAAGCCAAUAAGCUUCCGGGCCAUUUCUUUUAGUUUAGCUUCUCUUUUAUCCAAUGACUAACCUUUUUUCUCAGGCAAGAACAUCCUAACCAAACUCUUUCGUCCAACCCAUAAUCAAGAAAAGCAGAUCAAACUCGAUCCUCCCCAAGAAAAUACAGAAAAUGUCCGGCGAGGUUGGUCCAACAAUCAAUGACAUUAGCUUUCCAAAAGAGCAAGAAUACGAGGCCUCGAAGAUUAAUAACAAGUUCCACCCAACCAGUCCACGGAAGGUCGGCUUCCUCUCUUUCCGACAUCUCAACGCCGUCGCUCUCAUAAUCAUCCUAUCGGCCAGCGGCAUGGUAAACCCUGAAGACUUAGCUUUUGUGUUAUUUUCCCUCUUCUACAUGUACUUUAUCUCCAAGGUUGCAUUCCCAACCCUCCACCCUUCAAAGGAACCUACAGUCUUUAGCCCUCAAAACAAGCUUCUUCGCAUCUACGUACUUGUUGGUGCCAUCAUUGGUCUUUUCCUCCCUAUAGCAUACAUAGUUCAUGGCAUCUACGAAGAUGAUAAAAAAGGAAUCGAGGCCGCUACACCGCAUGUUUUUCUUCUCGCUAGCCAAGUUUUCAUGGAAGGAGUAGCAUUCUCGGACAGGUUUUCGUUGCCAAUACGUGUGUUUGUGCCGGUUUGCUUUAAUACAAGGAGGAUCUUUACCAUCGUGGACUGGCUGAGGAGUGAGUUCUCGAAGGCUGAGGAGGAGUCGGGAGGGUUUAAAAGGAGAUCACAUGCCGGCAGAGGGCUUGCCGUUGCUAACAUGGCCUUUUGGUGCUUCAAUCUUUUUGGGUUCUUGUUGCCCGUCUAUCUUCCUAAAGCUUUCAGGAGAUAUUACUCUGGGGAUAAGGUUUGACUCGGAGACUGAAAAUUAUUGGCGCUUUAAAAUAAAAUAAAAUAAUUGACAAGUGUUUGGUGAUGUGAGCGUCGAUUUAUUUUACCGCAAUUAAGGAAUGAGUUGUCGUCGGUAUUCGCUGAUAAGUACAUUUUAUGAAGUGUUAAGGGCAUUUAGUUUUUAUUUUUUACUUUUAUAUAACGAAGCAAAAAAGUGGACUUUGAUUUA